AUGUUCCUGUUGACUCUUAACUAUUUGUUUAUUAUGUAGAACAAAAGUAAGCUCAAACAGCAUUUUACUAUCUAAAAAAUAUAGCCAGAGUUCACCCUAUUCUCUCCCUACUGAGACUCUGAUGCAUCCUUUUAUUUCCAGCUGUAUUGACUAUUGUAAAUAAUGCCCUGCUUUCUGGUCUUUCUAAAAUCACUCUGCACAGCCUUCACCUGUUGCAAAACUCUGCUGCUCCAGUGCUAACCAAGACCACAAGUCUUUAAGACCAGCCUCAAGACCCGACUUUUUAACUGUAUUUCUUGAAUUGGAACAUUUCCUGCCCGAGUCUGUGCAUUUUCCAUAAAGUUGUGUUUAUCCAUGUGGGGUGAGUAUGGUAUUUUUUUUUUUUUUGUGAGUUUGUACUGCAGUUUGAGCUGCUUUUAGUAUGAAGAGUGCUUUAUAGAUUUGAUUAAAAUGGCAAGAACAAAUACUUAAUACUUGUUCCUCAUGAAGUAAACUAUGAUAGAUUAAUAUUUAGAUCACUGAUUUAAAAAAGUCAGUUUACAUACUAACAUAAUACAAUUUUCAUAGUUAUAUAAAUAUGUUUAAAUGAGUAUUUUCAUGCCUAAUCUGGUAGUUUUAGUUUCUAAUCCAACUUAAUAAGAGCAAAGUGAAUUAUUUAUGGAAAAAACAGAUGCUUAUGAAACACAAUGAAUCCUUUAUGUUUUCCAGAUAAAAGAUGGCGCAGCAGCAGGAAGUGGAUUUUGAGAAAAAACUUCUCAAGGUUCGCUCUGAGUUUGUGGAGAGAGUUUCUGAGGAAAUCCUGAAACAGCUCCUCGAUGGCCUUCUAUCAGAUGGCGUCUUUAAUCCUUCAGAGAAGGAGGAAAUUCUUCAGAAAAUCCAAACCAGAGCAGAUGAGGCCCGUGCCACCAUAGAUGCUGUGAUGAAGAAAGGAAAGAGAGCCAGUGACAUUAUGAUCCAACGUCUUCAGCUCAUAGAUCCAACCCUGUCCAACCAGCUGGGUUUGUCCUGUUUGUCUCCUGCUAAAGAUAUUGUUGGUCAGUGUAAUCUCAAAAAAUCGCUAAAGAUGAAAUUCCAAAGUCUCUGUGAAGGCCUCACUGAACAUGGAAAUAACAUCCUUCUGAACCAGAUCUACACAGAGCUCCACAUCACAGAGGGGUUAACUACAGAGGUCAACCAGGAACAUGAGGUCAGACAGAUUGAAACAGCAUCCAGGAAACAAGAAACAACAAUCAGACGAAAAGACCUCUUUAAAGUCCCACCUGGAAGUGAUCAACCAAUAAGAACAGUGAUGACUAUGGGAGUGGCUGGCAUUGGGAAAACAGUUUUAAUACAGAAGUUCAUUCUGGACUGGGCCGAAGGGAAAUCCAACCAGAACAUCCAGUUCAUAUUUCCAUUCACUUUUAGAGAGCUGAAUCCAAUGAAAAAAGAAAAGUUCAGCUUAUUAGGACUGAUUCAUAAAUUCUUUUCUGAAACCAAAGAAAUCAGCAGCUUAGAAGCGUUCCGGAUUCUCUUCAUCUUUGAUGGCUUGGAUGAGAGUAGACUUCCAAUGGACUUCCACAACAAGGAGAUCCUGACUGAUGUUACAGAGUCCACCUCAGUAGAUGUUUUGCUGACAAACCUCAUCAAGGGGAAACUGCUUCCCUCUGCUCUCCUCUGGAUAACCACUCGACCUGCAGCAGCCAAUCAGAUCCCUGCUGAGUUCACUGACAUGGUAGCAGAGGUUAGAGGGUUCACUGACCCCCAGAAGGAGGAGUACUUCAGGAAGAGAUUCAGAGAUGAAGAGCAGGCCAACAGGAUCAUUUCCCACAUCAAGAAAUCAAAAAGUCUCCACAUCAUGUGCCACAUCCCAGUUUUCUGCUGGAUCUCUGCUAAAGUUCUGGAGGAUAUGAUGACCAAAGAGGGAGGAGAUCUGCCCAAGACCCUGACUGAGAUGUACGUAGAGUUCCUUCUGGUUCAACUCAAUAUGAAAAAGGAAAAGUAUGACGGAGGAAAAAAGAGAGAAUCUAUCUGGAGCUCAAAGAACAGGAAGCUGAUUGAGUCUCUAGGAAGACUGGCUUUUGAGCAGCUGCUAAAGGGAAACCUGGUCUUUUAUGAAUCAGACCUCAAAAAGUGUGGCAUCAACUUCAAAGAUGCUGCGUUGUUCUCAGGAGUUUUUACUGAGAUGUUUAAAAAGGAGAAAGGGGUUCGCAACAUCACCGUCUAUUCUUUUGUUCAUCUGAGCAUCCAGGAGUUUCUGGCUGCAGUCUACACGCGCCACUGCUUCACCACCUGGAGGAAACGAAAACUGAUCAAGAAAAUUUUGGAAAAAUAUUAUUUUUCCUUGUCUUUGGAUGAGUUCAUGAAGAAAAUCAUGGAAAAAUCUCUCCGCAGUAGAAAUGGGCACCUGGACCUGUUUGUCCGCUUCCUUCAUGGUCUCACUGUGGAGUCCAACCAGAGACUCUUAGGAGGCCUGCUGGGUCAGACAGAGAACAGUCCAGAAACCAUCCAGAGAAUCAUUACCAACCUGAAGGAGAUGAACACUGAUAAGGUGAACACUGAUGAAAUCUUUCCUGACAGAAGCAUCAACAUCUUCAACUGUCUGGUGGAGAUGAACAACGUCUCAUUUCAUCAGGAGAUAAAAAAGCUGCUGGAUUCUCGGAAGGAGCUCUCAGAGACGGACUGUUCAGCUCUGGCCGACGUGCUGCAGAUGUCAGAGGUUCUGGAUGAGUUGGACCUGGAGAAGUACAACACAUCAGAUGAUGGACGACUGAGACUGGUUCCAGCUGUGAGGAACUGCAGAAAGGCUCGACUUGGUGGCUGUACGCUCCAAAGGAAUGAAUGUGAGGUUGUGGCCUCGGCUCUGAAGUCCAACCCAGAUCUGACUGAACUGGAAAUAAGUGAGAUCUUGAUAGAGGGAGGUGGAGACUCUGAUAUGAAGCCUCUGUGUGAGAUCCUGGAGAGUUCAGUCAGUAAAGUGAAGAAUCUGAGAUUGGAUCUCUGCAGUUUGUCAGAGACCAGCUGGACUUCUCUGUUCUCAGCUCUGAAGUCCAACCCGUCCCAUCUGACAGAACUGAAYCUGAUCGAGUCCAACCUGGAUGGUGCUGGAGUGAAGGAGCUCUGUGGUUUUCUACAAAAUGAUCUCUGCAAAAUACAACAAUUAGGAUUGGAGAAAUGCAGUUUGUCAGAGACCAGCUGGACGUCUCUGUUCUCAGCUCUGAAGUCCAACCCGUCCCAACUGACAGAACUGAACCUGAGCGGGACCAACUUGGGAGGUUGUGGAGUGAAGGAGCUCUGUGGUUUCCUACAGACUCCUGGCUGCAAAGUUCAAUGGAUCAGACUUGGUGGCUGUACGCUCCAGAAGACUGAAUAUGAAGUUGUGGCCUCGGCUCUGAAAUCCAACAAAGAUCUGAAAGAACUGGAAAUAAGUGAGAUUGAACUGGGAGGUGAAACCAUUGAAGACUCUGAUAUGAAGCCUCUGUGUGAGAUCCUGGAGAGUUCAGUCAGUAAAGUGAAGAAUAUCAGAUUGAGGAGCUGCAGUUUGUCAGAGACCAGCUGGACGUCUCUGUUCUCAGCUCUGAAGUCCAACCCGUCCCACCUGACAGGACUGGACCUGAGCAGCACCAACCUGGAAGGCUCUGGGGUGAAGGGGCUCUGUGGAUUCCUACAGAAUCAUUUGUGCAAAUUACAAAAUUUAAGAUUGGUGAUCUGCAGUUUGUUGGAAACCAGCUGGGCUUCUCUGUUCUCAGCGCUGAAGUCCAACCCGACCCAACUGACAGAACUGGAGAUGAUCGACAGCAACCUGGGAGAUUCUGGAGUGAAGGGGCUCUGUGGUUUUCUACAGACUGAAGGCUGCAGAUUUGAGAAAUUGAUGUUGAUCCGCUGCAGUUUGUCAAAGAUCAGCUGUGAUUWUCUGGCCUCAGCUCUGAAGUCCAACAGCCUCCAACUGACCAAACUGGACCUGAGAAAGAACUACAACCUGAAGGAGUCAGAUGUUGAGCAGCUGAGGCAUCUUGUAAAGACUGUGGAGUGGAGGGACUGAUGACCUCUGUAAAGUAGAGAACGGUCUCUGUGUCCUGCUGAUCCUCAGAGGUUGAAGCUGCUGCAGUUUGAGUCUAAAGAGACUCUGACUGGAUCAUGAUGAUGACCUCUGACCUCAAAGAUUUUCCUCCUGUUUAUUUUCUCAUGUCUGUCAUUUAGUGUCAGAUAUUGUUUGUCUCUCUGGAUCAAUAAAGAUCCGAUUCAAACUCUGCUCCAUUUAGAGGCUUCAUGGAGUUUUGAUCUGAACUGGACUCAACUGGAAAGUUGAUGUUUUUUCUCUCUGAUUCAUUUUCAUCCUGGAACCUGAAAUGAUCUGAGAUGAAAACAUGGGAAUCAUUUUCAGUUCAGCUUUGAGUCAUGAAAAACAUUCAAACCUCUUUUCUCUGCUGCUUCUGCUUCUGUUGACAUGAAAAUGUUCCUCAAAGCUCCACAGAUUAAAAGAUGCUUUACUGGAAACUGCAGAGAAACUUCAGCUUUUGAAACCAGCCUGUGAUGAACAAACUGGUUUCAACAUGUUUUUCAUACUGGUUUUCAGUCUGUUCUACAGAAACACUGAUCUGAGAGCAGU